AUGAGCUGGCAACUGCUUCACUUCUUUCUCCGGGAUGAUGUUGACGCCUUCUCUCGCCUCCUGGCCAGCGCCACGUUCACCACGGCCAUUGCACAUCCCGGCAGCGGCAGCACCAACAGCGGCAACCCCCACAGCAAGAACUCUCCCACCGUGACGGGCAGCAGGGGUGCCGGCAGCGCUAACCUUGCCACCUCUUCGCUCUCCUAUAGCUCCCCCAAGCAGCGCCGGAAGCCGUCAUUUUCGUUUUCUCUUUCCCCAGCGGAGAGACCGGCCUUGUCCAAUACGACGCUGACACGGAACGAUAUCAAUGCCAGAGACAAGCAUGGGCGGACGCUGAUGCACCUCAUUGCUUCAUCAGACAAGGAGAAUGCGUAUGGCUUUGCGCGUGCUUUGUUGGCGGUUCCAGGGCCGUUUUUGGAUAUAUACUUGCAGGAUGCCGAGAGUGGGUGGACCUGCUUGCAUAGGGCCCUCUAUGCUGGGAAUAUAUCUAUUGCACACGCGAUCUUGGAGAGAGAUGGCAGCAGCGGGCUGAUCAAAAUUAAAGACCGAGAGGGGAACAGUCCGUUUGAGGUCUUCAACUCUAGUGUGAUCUACGAUACCCCUGAGGUCACAAAAAGAACCCAGGAUGACAGUGACGAUGACGAGAGCGUGGGGACAGAGGACGAAGUCGGGGAGGAGUAUAGAGCUAUCAAGCCUGUUGCUCCACAAGCCCUUCUGAAGGGUGAUGAGCUGUUCGUGUUUGGGAGCAACAAGAACCUCUCACUGGGUGUUGGGGAUAGUGACGAUCGGCAAUUCCCCGAACGUAUCGUUUUGACCCGCCCAGAAGCCUUGAUACAGCGUUUCUAUGAAGAAAAAUACGAAAACUCUGCCGAAUUUAGAGCAGAAACCGGCAUCCCGUUCCUCGUCCGGUCCACGCCUCUCGUCGUGCAGGAUGUGGUUAUGUCCAAGCUCCACACUGCCAUCCUCACCACAGAUCCAUUCAGUAACCUAUACAUGUGUGGCUUUGGCCCUGGCGGACGACUUGGGACCGGUCACGAAGGGACCUCUUUCAGUCCACAGUGUGUAGACUCAGGUGCCAUCGCGGGGAAACACAUCGCCUCCAUUGCUCUAGGGUUGGAUCACACCAUUGCCAUCUCCGAUCAGGGUGAAGUCUUCUCCUGGGGCAGCAAUAAGCACGGGCAGCUAGGCUAUACGUUGCCCAAGACCAAACCUACCGCCGGCUCGUCGUCCAACGAUAACCCCACCCAACUCUCCCCACGCCAAAUCUUCAACCCGUUUAAACGAGAGCGUGUCCUAGGCGCAGCCGCCUCGGCCAUCCAUUCAGUUGUCUUCACUUCCUCGGCUUUGUACACCUUUGGUCGCAAUGAUGGCCAGCUUGGUCUCAUAGAUGCAGAUGCACGAUCCCUUACCUACCAGCCUAUACCGCGCAAAGUGGGUGCCUCUUUAUUCAGCGACUCCAUUUCGUUAGUCUGUGCCAUCGAACGAGCUACGGUCGUGUUGCUGGAUAAUCAUGAGGUCUGGGUAUUUACUCAUUAUGGGUAUUCGAAGCUAAUCUUCCCCUUGGCCGGACCGGUAUCGAGUUUUAUUCGUAGUAGCUUCAUGGCUACACGCUAUGGUGGCGCAGAGAGCUAUAUUGCCAAGAUAAGCGCGGGCGGGAACACAAUAUGUGCACUAUCAAAUGGAGGAGAAGUCUUUACGGUCUCCGUCCCUGCGCGGCGGGAGGAGGAGAGAGACCGAGACAGCAGCAGGUCACAAACAUCAACAUCAGCCUCAACAUCAACUACUAAUCCAGCCAAGAUCCGAAACUCACUCCCUCAACCCACUCGUACCUGGGCAGUCAAGAAGAGUCACAUGGCCGUCCGCGACGUCGAUGUCGGACAGGAUGGAUCCAUCAUUAUCUGCACCCAGUCUGGCUCCGCAUGGUUAAAGGAGCGAAGGGCGGGCAUCAAGCCUACGGCUACAGGAGUGGCCGCUGGCAAGGAAUAUAAAUUCGUUAGAGUCCCAAACAUCUCUCGUGCUGUCGGGGUGCGUAGUAAUGCCUUUGGCGCUUAUGCUAUUAUCCAGCGGUCCAGUGAUGUAGCUAGGCGAAACCUGACAGUUGAUGAGCCGAGAUUAUGGGCUGAUAUCCGUCCCCUGAUACCGUUCGGAAAAUUGAUAGACGUCAUCGGUGAAGGUUUGGGGAGAAUUGAUAUCCACAAGCCGACAUCCAUUUUUCGAAAGAACGAGGACACCGAUACUGAUGCUGGUAUCGACGUUGAAAAAGAGCUGGGUGCUCUACUUGAUACCCAGAGGGCUUCUCUAUCACUCUCCAGCCCAUCUAUCGCAUGGCUAUCCACGACGACUAGCGACACUCGUAUCCCAAUACACGAAUUCAUACUCUCGUCUCGCAGUCCUAUACUCCGUAACGCUCUCUCCACUUUUCAUAGGGAAUACUACUUCAAUCUCCCAGGAAUAAUGUCCAUCGAGUAUGACAAAGCGGACCGGCUCUAUGACGUCUGGCUCAAGCACCGAAACGAGCAGAAGCAGACAGAUGCAGUCUUAGCGAAUGCAGCACUAUACCGUCAAACGCGCAUAGAGAUACUCAAGCUAGCAACAGCGUUAGAUAUGCCGGCCCUUGAACGCGCAGCAAGAAUAAUGGUCCAACCGGUAGCAAGUCUACACAGCGACAUGGUCAUCGCCAUACAAGACCCUUCAUUCUUCAACACUGCUGAUGUACUCCUUGAACUCAGCGGUGGCGUAGAGGUGAAGGCUCAUAGCCACAUGUUGUAUAGCCGAUGCACGUUCUUCGACGGCCUCUUCCGGGGCCGCACAGGCGGUCGUUGGUUACAGUCCAGAGUGUCCGGAAACGAACGAGAGGCCCUUGAACCCAUACGUGUUGAUCUAUCUCAUGUGGAUCACAGUGUGUGGAACUUCGUUAUGCGCUAUCUAUAUUCAGACUCUAACGAGGAGUUGUUCGACGACGUAUAUGUUGCUGACAGUGAGGCGUUUAUGGAUAUAGUCAUUGACGUGUUGAGCGUUGCCAACGAGCUGAUGCUUGAUCGAUUGGCGCAAAUAUGCCAGAAAAGGUUGAGUACGUUCGUAACGACGCAGAACGUGUGCCAGCUCCUGAACGCCGUUAUGCCGUGUUCAGUGAAGGAAUUCAAAAGAGCAGCUUUAGAGUUCAUAUGUCUCAAUCUUGAGUUCAUGCUUGAGAACAGGCUGCUCGACGAGCUCGAUCCAGAUUUGCGGCGGGAACUUGAUCAAGUAUGCCAGAAGAACCAACUUACUUCCCAGCCCGUCUCGCGCGGGCGCAACUCUGCAUCUUUCCUUACCGAACGCUAUCUAGAAAUACUCCCCCUCAUUGAACAGGAUAAGAAUCGCCGCGUCGAUGCAAUGAAACUUCGUUCUCAUCUACAUGAAGAUGAAGUGCGCGACACGAUGCUACGGUCUGGGAGUCUUGAACGAGAUAAACCAUCUCCGUCUCCGUUGUCACGCAGAGGGAAGCAAGUGGGUAUCAAUACACCCCCGUUAGAUAAGUCAGCUUUUGAAGCAAGUCCAACGCUUUUGCCAAAGAGGUCAGUAGGCGACCUUAUUUUCCAAAUGGACGACGAGCCAUCACUUCGCCCUGAUGGUCGCCGAGGAGAUAGCUCUAGACAAACACCGGCGGGCAGCUCACACGGCUCACCACGAAACCCACCUCAAUCCCAACCUCCCAUUCUUGUCUCUCAUCCUGGCCUAGGUCUAGAUCUAGGACCCGCUAGUUUUCCCGAACUUUCAGCAAAGCCUUUUUAUACUGCCUUGCAACCUGCCAGAGCCGCGACAAGACACCAGGAAAUACCCCAACCCCUGUCUUCUUCCCAAACCCCCAACAACGGCACUACUCCAAAUUCUCCACCACCCAAGGCCCCUUGGUCCUCAAUCACUCCAAUAAAAACUCGUGCAGGGCUCAGGGGCAUUAUGGCAGAGGCAGAUAACCCUAUCACCCCACCUAAUCGUAUAGACGGGUUUCCUCGCGCUGAGUUAGAAGCAACGCGGAAUUUCUCGCCAAAGCUAUCUCAGAAAGAACGCAAGAAGCUCAAACAGCAACAGAUGGCUGCUGAGCAAGAACCAGCGAAACCCGGUGCUAGCAAAACCUCUAUUUGGCAGAUUGCCCAAUCCCCAAAUCUCCAACCGGCUAAAGUUGAGGCUGAGGCAUCAACUCCGGCGCGCUCUGCCACACCAAAGGCACCGCUAACCCUCCGCCAAACUGUGGCUGGCUCCAGUGUAGUUGCUGGCUCAGUAUCCCCCCACAUAAAGCCAACAUACCCAAAGACACCUCCCCGCGCAGCCGCUCCCAAACCAAUGCAACUCAGCACACCUAUAGUUAAGUCGUCAUUAUCGUAUUCUGCCUCUGGCCCCGGCCCCGGCACAUCACAAAUCUCCCUUGCUACAAUCCUUUUACAGCAACAGACUGAAAAGGAUGAAAUUCACGAAGCUGUCACAACAAAACAUAAUCUACAUGAUAUCCAAAUCGAGCAAGAAUUCCAGGAAUGGUGGGACCAGGAAUCUAAACGCGUAAUGCAAGAGGAACAAGCUGCAGAAGCCAAAGCGAGGAUGGAAAGUGAGAAAGCAAGAAACAAGAAAAGCAAUCCUACCAGAGGAAGUGGAAGAGGACGAGGGAGAGGUGGGCAAUCACGUCCACAUGUUUCACAAAAUAGUGAAACAGCACUUUCCAGAUCAGCUGGUGCAGAAGAUUCAAUGGCAGGAAACUCAGCCGAUCGCCCUCCUCCCCCUCAUUCAGAUGAUAAGAAACGACAUGCGGACCGAGGAAAAAGUCGACAUCGAGGUUCCCAAGCGCGAGGCGGUGGAGUUUCUCGCGCACAAAAAACUUGA